GUUUUUGUUCAAAAGCUGUUGUUGUGGCUACGAACGAGCAACAUUGCAAGAAGCAAUAAGAACAUCAACAAAACUUGCCGGCUGCCUAAACUUGUGGGACAUUAUCGCACGACCGCUCGAACAGAGAGUCUCGCAAAUAGCCAGCUCGGCUGACUAGCAAGUACCCACGAUCACUUUAAAACCAUUGGAAUGCAACAGGAGAUAUUUUUCUUUAGCAACCAACACACAAUCAGCUUGAAGAAAUGAGAGGUCUCUUUCGUGCUCUGGUAGUGUCAUCCCGUCUGCUGCAAAGUGAUGACGGGAUUGACCCAUCUGUACCAAACAACGGCGACAGCGAGCCACAGCCAUCAACAGAAGACCAAGAAAAUGCACGUGAUGCCUACGAGUUCGUCGCUUUUCUGCUCUGGUACAUAUUCCUAGUUCUUUGUUGUGUAGUUCCCACUUGCUGCGCGUAUCGUCGACGGCGUAUCGUGGAACAGCGCAUCGCUCUACAGCAGGCCAAUAUGUCUCGGUUACAGCAGAGUAAUUUGUUUAUCUUGUCUAACAUGCACGCCCGGCGUGACGGGGAACAAUUGCAAGCCGAACGAUUGCGGCUGUUGACGCAGGAAUUGAAGAGCACAACAAUGCGAAACGAUUUGAAAGAAAAAUCUACGGGUGAGACAUCUUCAACUUCGGCAGCUCCAUGGGAUAAAUCGUCUAUCCAGUCAGUUACGGCGGCAGAGGAGGCUGCUCCUGCGUCCGUUGCAGCAAUACGACCAGAAAUUACCGAUGCUGCUUCCUCCCAUGAUGCGCUCGCGUACGAAUUAGAAGAAGCAGAAGAUGCGUUAGUUCUGCACCUCCCGUCGAAUCUGAUCAAUGGUAAUCGUGAUGUACCAGGAUUCUGCGCGAUUUGCCUAUGCGGUUACGAGGUUGAGGAAGAAGUGUCGUGGUCUCCGCAGGCGGCUUGUCAACACGCCUUCCAUCGGGAUUGUAUAUUGUCUUGGUUGAGCAAAAAGGAGGAACCACAAUGUCCCGUCUGUCGUCAAGAGUUCUGCAGUGUGCCAGCCAUGGAAGAAGCUCCGACCAGCAGCAAUAGCACGAAUGCGUUUACCCACCCUUUUUCAUAUCCGGAAUCCUUCUCGAAUGCUUUAGCGCGAUCCCGGAUGGGGACGUCCAGCGCGAGCAACGAUCGUUCUGCCUCGCCAAACGAUAACAACGGUUUUAUCCUUAGCUCUUUAUGGGCGCCACCACCGGCAAUCAUUCCGGCUAGAACCGAACUCACGGCGAUGCGGCAGUCAGAAUCGAGCCGACAGAACGCAACUACAAGGAAUUCUGCUGCACCUCGAGUGCCGGAUGCCUCGUUGGCUGGGAGCGAAAUGUCUUCGACGGUUGAGCGCGAUGUGGAAACUGGAGACGCAACAGCUCGUUCCACUACCUCAGCAGAUGUACACGUAUAGGGACAGAUACCGAUUUGGAAUUGAUGAAGUUGUAAUGUGCACUGUACGUUUAUUUUAAUUAAUAGAGCGAACGAAUUUUUCCC